AUGAAGAAAAGAAAUGACACAUCAACCAUAGACCUCAUUUUCCUUGGACUAUUUCCCGAUAUGGGAAAUACCAGUUUUCUUAUCUACAUCAUUUUUCUUAGCUACAUCAUUGCCCUCUUUGGAAACACCAUCAUGAUCCUACUAAUUUGGGUGGAUUCUCGACUCCACACUCCCAUGUACUUACUUCUCAGCCAACUUUCUCUCAUGGACUUAGUUCUCAUCACCACCACUGUUCCUAAAAUGGUCACUGACUUCUGGUUGGACAGGAAAACUAUCUCACAGAUAGCCUGUGGGAUACAGCUGCUAUUUUACACAACCAUAACAGGUUCUGAAUGUAUCCUCUUGACUCUGAUGUCCUAUGAUCGCUAUGUUGCUGUCUGCAACCCACUGAGGUACUCAGUCAUUAUGACCCCCAAAGUUUGCCUGCAGAUGGCUGUUUCUGCAUGGACAGUGGGAUUUCUAGAUUCCUUAGUCCACACAGCAUAUGUGAUGCAUUUACCCAUCUGUGACUCCAGAGAGAUUGACCACUUCUUCUGUGAACUCCUAGCUACCUUGAGACUCUCCUGUGAUGACACUUCUGUGUAUGAAAUGAUUUUGUUUGUCACAGGAAUAAUGUUCAUCCUCAUUCCUUUUGGGCUCAUUCUAGCCUCCUACAGCCUCAUUUUCUUGAGUGUCUUCCGUAUGAAAUCUAAGAAGGGGAAGAAAAAAGCCCUGGCUACCUGCUCCUCCCACCUCACAGUGGUAAGUUUCUUUUUUGGUUCAGGCAUUGUUGUCCUCAUGGUAUCUCCGGCCAUGUACUCAGCAGAGCAAAGCCAGGCUGUCUCCUUGUUCUACAACAUUCUCACCCCUAUGUUAAAUCCCAUCAUCUAUAGUCUAAGGAACAAGGAAGUGGUGAGAGCUGUAAGGAAAGUACUGGGAAUAGGUUCCCAGAUAAAGGACAGACAUUAG